CAUUCAACGAGUGGUGCAUCCACUGGAACUAUCGAUCGGAGCUGAUCCAAGUGCUAUUGAUCAUUUGUGAUUCAUGAUUGAUAAUGAGAGUAAAUCGCGUGCUACUCCUCAGCCGAUGCCUGUAAAUAAUAUCUCAAGGUUUGAGGGAAUAAAUCGUGCAACUGGUGAUCGGUUGUUCGUUAUUCCUGAGAAAAUAUGUGACGAGUAGUUUGAGGUUAUAUUUACAAUCAGAAUCUCCUAAUUUCCCCAUAAAAUUCACACUAACUAACACUGGGCCCUGGGACAAGUGAAAUAAUAAAGGCCACGGGGCAACGAUGGUGCAGGAGAAAUAUUCCAGAAUGAAGAGAAUGUGAUGAUUUUUGUAAAGAAUCCGAAUAAAUAGAAAUCAAAUAUGCCCAGGUCGGAUAUCAAAUAUGAAAUCGCGAGAAACGAUCCGGAUACGACGGACUAUUAUCUCCAACAUACGGAGGACUUUCAGCCCUCGACGAAGGGAGGAAAAACACUUGGACGAACACUUGCUGUUUCUAUUGUAUUAAUUGCAUUCUACUUCGUUCUAUCCGUAGGACUUACGUUUUUUCAGCAAUGGUUUAAUCACAAAUAUCAUUACCCUCUUUCGACUGUGUUAUGCCACUUGGUAAUCAAGUGGACUCUCUCUGGAGUUAUAAAAAAUUUUUUGAGAUGCAUGAACUCCAGGACGCAUCAACAAAUGCGUCCAACGUGGCCCAGUAUUGUUUCAACAAUUGCUCCACCAGGAAUAGCCAGUGGAUUGGAUAUUGGGUUCUCCAAUUGGGCGAUAUCCAUGAUCACUGUGUCCUUGUACACAAUGACCAAGUCCACAGCGAUUAUAUUCAUCCUUGGAUUCUCUCUGCUCUUUCAUCUGGAGAGAAAGUCCUGGUCACUUGUGGGUGUUGUUGCCAUGAUAUCCACGGGUUUGAUAAUGUUUACGUACAAAUCCACUCAAUUCCAUCUCCUGGGGUUCCUCCUGUGUCUCGCUGCCUCAUUUCUCAGUGGAAUUCGGUGGACCUUGGCACAGGUGAUCAUGCAAAAGUCCAAGCUCGGGCUGAACAAUCCCAUUGACAUGAUCUACUACAUGCAGCCUUGGAUGCUGAUCGCCAUAUUUCCUCUCGUUGUGUGGUUCGAGUGUGGAAAAUUGUAUGUAGAGCUCCAGGAUGUUGACUGGAGUCAGUCUGGAGUUGUGACCUGGACAGUAACGGCUGUGUUGGCUGGUGCCAUACUAGCUUUUUUUAUGGAAAUUGCAGAGUAUAUGGUUGUUACGUAUACAUCUAGUCUCACUCUCUCGAUCUCCAAUAUUGUUAAGGAAUUGUGUACCGUCGUAUUAGCUGUUGAAUUCAAAGGCGACGAAAUGAGCGGCCUGAAUGCAAUAGGUUUGUUGGUGUGCCUCGGUGGCAUAACGCUGCACGUGAUACAAAAAAUAUUACUCCACAAAAAGCAGAUGGGUGAGAAUCUAGAGUUGCAUUCUAACUCAGUCAUAAGUAACAGCUCUACCUUAGAAGAUACGGGUGGAACGAAUGUGCCAUUAUUGACGGAAAAAUCCACAUCGUUAACGAAUCUGUUGAGCUCCAACUUCAGUACUGACGAUGAGGACGAUUUUAAGGAUAAAGACAAUAACAGUGAUGUACUUUUUGACAUAUUGCAACGAAGAGAGCAAUUGUAAAGAUGGUUUCAACAUUCCACUAACAAAUAUUUAUUUUGUUUUGAUUGAAUAAUGUGCAUACGUAUGUAAUUGCUUCUUCUAAUUUACGUACUAUCGUAUUCCGUCGGAAAUGAUCUAUAAAAGCCUUCCAGUUCAUGUUUUAAUGCAAAAAAAAAAUCAUCCAGAGUCAUUAAUUCCUAUUUUCUUCAUUUUUAUUUCUGAUUCACGCACAAUAACAGUCGAUUCUUUCGAAUUAGUCAUCGAAGAAGAUUUUCCAUUUUUUUCGAAACCCCAGUGUCCAUAAUUUUUAUUUAAUUCAUUGGUCAAUGCAUCAUUCCAUGUAAAAUGUGUAAUUAAAUAAACGAAAUACAUCUCUUA